UUUUUCCGGAAAACGAACUUGGUAUCAGCUCGUUCCGAAUGGGUGUGUCCAACCUCAGCCCAAUAUAAAUAGGAGCGGUUUUCACCUGCAGUUAUCACCCGGUGACUAUGAAGACAAAGACCAAGUGCCCAGAGUGUGGAGGACAUUACGUGUCCCUUUCCCGCCAUCUGCGGGACCGGCAUGACAUGAAGGAUGAUAAACAGAGGCGUCUCUUCAUUAGUAAGAAACAUCUAAGAUAUGGUGGGAGACUGAGGUGCCCCAUCAAAGACUGCGGAUCACAGAAAGACUACGCGAGGCUCGACAAGCACCUCAUCUCUGCCCAUGGGAGAACCCGGGGAAAGCGCAUGACAAAGCUCAUGACCAAGGCCAAGAAAGCCGCAAUUAAAGAAAAACUCCGGACCCUCUACCAAACACCACCACCACUGCAAACACCACCACUGCCAGCUCCACCGACACAACCCCCGGGGACUCCGUCGACAAACCCUGCGCCCCAAUCUCCACCUCCACCAGCACUGCCUGCACAAACUGGAGCACUGUCCCCACCACCACCAACCCUGACCUUCAUGGUUAAUGGGUUGCACUCAAUUAAAGACAGGCUGAAAAAGCUCUUGGAGGAGGUUGAGCUUCUACAGACUGUGACACAGCAACUGUGUGCUCUAUAUCCGGCGACAGCAUCUGCCUCCACAGCCAGCAGUCCCUGCUCUACUCCUACCUCUCACUUGCAACAACCUGCGGCGAGUACGUCCUCUGCUCCUGAAACCCGCAGGGAGGGUGCCGUGGCUGCUCCGUCCUCUGCUCCUUACACCCGCAGGGAGGGUGCAGUGGCUGCUCCGUCCUCUGCUCCUGACUCCCGCAGGGAGGGUGCAGUGGCUGCUCCGUCCUCUGCUCCUGACACCUGCAGGGAGCACUGGAAAAAAAGGCCACUCCAAAAAUCAGCCAAAAAAAAUUAA